AUUCAUAUACAUAUAAAAUGGAAAAACUUCUUCAAUGGUCCAUUGCUCAACAAACUGGCGACAAGGAAGCCAUCGCCAAGGCUGGUACUCCAGACCCCAAAUCACUUGAUCAACUCUUUGGUCUUGGAGGUCCUGAUGAACCUGCCUUGAUGAAACAAGCAAUCAUUGUAGCCACAAACCCUGAAGCUACGUUGGAGAACCAAGAAAUUGCCUUGGAAAACUUUGAAAUGCUUAUUGAAAACUUGGAUAAUGCCAACAAUAUCGAAAACAUCAAGUUAUGGCCAUCCAUCAUUCUGCAACUCGAACCUCAUGUCCCCACAUCUCUUCGUGUAUACGCUGCCUCGAUUAUCGGGAUAGCCGUGCAAAACAACCCAUUGGCACAGAAGGCCUUCCUUUCACACGAGCAAGGUCUCAAGAGUUUGGUUCUUACCGCUACUCCUACCGAGCCAAAGGAACUUUACUUGAAGGCUCUCUUUGCCAUCUCUUCACUCAUUAGAAACGAUGAAGAAGCCUGUAAGAAAUUCCUUGACAUUGGCGGAUGGAAGGUUGUUGAAUUUGAUAAUACUGUUGCUGCCAAGCAAAUUCUCAGAGUUUUAUCGGUACUUUCAGCCAUUCUUUCCACUGGAUUAGAUGCCAACAAGGAGAAGGAGAUCCAUAGUCGUGGCAUUGUUGCAGAACUUGUACUGGUGCUCCAGCUGAGCGAGCCUCACGUCGGAUGCAUCGACAAGGUGUUGAACAUUGUCACUCAAUUACACCGUUUAGGUUUCAAAUUCACUGCCUCUGAACUUGAACAAUUAGAAUCCUCAGUUUCUGGAGUUCUUCAUUUGAAAGAUCAAUUAUCCGAGGAAGAUCUUGAAGCUGUAAAGACUGUAUGGGCUUGAUCAGACUCACUGAUAGACUGUCCUAGCAUAGAUUAGCUAUUUUAAUAGCUACCAACAAUGUCUCGUUUUUCAUUCUGAUAAGCGGACACCCACAUAUACAUAUAC